GGACGGAGAGGAUUGAGAGAAGAGGCUGCGGAAAUGAUGUGAUCAGCACUCCUUAAAAAAACACAUCCCACCGCUUCUCUUCUGUAGCACUGUGUUAAAACUGCAUCGGGAAAAAAAACAUAAUUCGAUGAUAAAGCCGAAUUUGGACUCAGAGUACAGGUCCACCAUGGCGGACAGCAUAAUGAGCAAAGCUGCCACGAUGGAAAUUCCCAUCAACAGCAAUGGAGACACAAGAACGGCUGAGGAAGACAGUCUUGAGCAGGCUGCACAGAUUGAUUGGAGCUUAGAGCGGAAGGAUUUGCAGCAGGUGAUGGUUUCUGGGCCCAACCUGAACGAGACGAGCAUUGUUUCUGGGGGUUACGGAGGAGCCGCUGAGGGCAUCAUUCCCACCAGCUCCAUUAAAGGGCCAGCUAUUCUUUUCAACGAGGAGUAUUUUGAGAGACGAUGUGGUAACGCCCCCAAACCAGACCUUCGUUCCAAGUCUAGGGGAAUUCCCCACAGCCAGUCAGUCGCCAGCCGGAUAGCCCGCCAACCAGAUCACCACCCAGGUCCCAGCAUGCACCACAGCAAUAGUCAUCCAACCAUGAUGUCAGAGGAGGCCACACGAGGCAUAGCUGUGGAGAAGUUUGACAGCGUGAAGAAAUGGAGCAUCAACACUUACAAGUGCACAAAGCAGAUGUUCUCGGAGCGUUUCGGGCGCGGCACACGGACGGUGGACCUGGAGCUGGAGGCUCAGAUUGACGUUCUCCGCGAAACCAAGCAGAAGUAUGAGCACAUCCUGAGACUGGCCCAGGCACUCAGCGGCCACUUCUACAACAUGGUGCAGACGCAGCAGGCCCUGGGAGACACCUUCGCUGACCUGAGCCAGAAAUCUCCAGAGCUACAGGAUGAGUUUGGCUACAACGCAGAAACACAAAGACUUCUGUGCAAGAACGGAGAGACGCUUCUUGGUGCCAUAAACUUUUUUGUGUCCAGCAUCAACACCCUGGUCAACAAAACCAUGGAGGACACACUAAUGACCAUCAAGUUGUACGAGAAUGCAAGGUUGGAGUAUGAUGCCUACAGGACAGAUCUGGAGGAGCUGAGUGCUGGUCCUCGGGAUGCUGCCACCAUGAUGCGCAUUGAGGUGGCCCAACAGGAGUACCAGAUCCACAAAGACAAAUACGAGCGCUUACGCAGCGACGUCACCAUCAAGCUGAAGUUCCUGGAGGAGAAUAAGGUGAAGGUGAUGCACAAGCAGCUCCUCCUCUUCCAUAAUGCCAUCUCGGCCUACUUCGCCGGGAACCAGCAGCAGCUGGAACAGACUCUCAGGCAGUUCAGCGUGAAGCUGAAGCCCCCCGGCUCAGACAAGCCAUCGUGGCUGGAGGAACAGUGAUUAAGCCGACAGCCUCUAGAGACACAGGCCAACUGGAGGAUGGACUGAUGUAUGGAUAUGCGGACAGAUGGACAUAUGAAUGGAAGACAGUUCAGUGUUGACCACACUAUGAAAAGAGAUCUGGUUUCAUUUGAAACCAGAUUGUAUUUUGAUGAAUGAGAGGAGUAACCUCUAAUCAUCUCCUGUCUCUCCAGAUCCUGGAAGUUAUUUUGGAUAUUCUUUUUUUUUUUUUUUUUUUUGGUCACACAAAGUGUAACAUAAUCACAUAUUUGGUCUGUACGUGAAAGGCACCUUCAAGGGAAGUUAUUUUAAUCACUUUUAUUUCAGAAUGAAAGAGAGUAUAGUGGUUGUGCGUGUGUUUGUGGGUAUGAUGCGCUGGAAUGAGGGCAUGUGAUGGAAAACUGUUUACACUACAUGUCAUAAUAAGGUGAUUUAAUGUAUAUUAUCGUGUAAAUUACAGUGUAAAGUCUCACAUAUGAAAUUAAACAGUUUGAAGAGA